AUGACUACAUUAACUAUUCUUCGGCUCGAGUUAUAUGCUGCAUUACUGUUGGCUCGAAUGUUGUCACACCACCUCACCUUAUUGAAUAAUGUUGUCACCAUUGACAGAAUCAGAGCUUGGACGGAUUCUAUGAUUGUCUUAAUGUGGAACACUCAGGAGUACAGACAAUUCAAAAUUUUUGUAACAAACCGAAUCGCCAAAAUUCGAGGAUUGAUACCUAAUUACAUAUGGGCCCACGUGGGGACGGCUGACAAUCCGACUGAUCCAGCAUCUCGAGGAAUGUUGCCUCGAGAUUUAGUUUCAUGUUCUAAGCAUCUCACAGGACCGGGGUUCUUGCGUCAGGACGAUUCUCAGUGGUCUCUUUCAGAACCAGUGGAAGUUACGGUACCGGUCGAAAAUUUAUCAGAAUAUAAACGUCCAACAAAAUGUGCACUGCACAUUCAAUACGACUCAGAAUCGGAUGAGUUACUACGUCGUUUUUAA